AUGAUAGGACAAAAGAUCUACACUAUCGACGCCUCCGGACACAAACGCGUCCUCCUAGAAGUCGAAGGCCAGCCAAAUGGCAUGUGCUUCUUACCAGACGGCUCCCUCAUUUACAGCUCCAUGUUCGACGCCAAGCUGCACCGCUAUCACGACGGCACUUCGGAACAAUACGCUGAUCUGUCUUCAUUCAUGACUGGUUACUGCGGCGAUAUGGUGAUCGAUGCCCACGGCCGCAUCUUCAUCGAUGAUACCGGUGCUCGAGUGCUGCAUGGUGAGAACCCCUGUCCGGGCCGGCUCCUCGUCGUUGAUAGCGACCGGAGUGUCAGCGUUGCGGCCGAGGGUCUCGUAUUCCCGAAUGGUGUGGCCAUCAAUCGUGAGGGCACAUCGCUCUUCAUCUCGGAGACCUUUGCAUACUGCUUGGACCAGUUCGAUAUUGAGAAAUCGGGGAAACUCAGCAAUAGGCGCAAGAUUUGGGACACGCAUGACUAUGCGUCAGUAAGCGGGAAGGAGUCCGGGAGAUUUUGCGGAGUCGAUGGGAUUUGCAUGGAUGAUGAAGAUGGGAUGUGGUUGAGUAUGCUUGGGUAUGAGAGGUUCAUUCGCAAGAAUGCGAAAGGCGAGAUUACUCAUCAGAUUGAGGUCAAUGGACAUGCAACGGCAUGCACAUUGGGUGGAGAGGAUGGCACGACUUUGUAUCUUGUCACCAACUGGGUACCGGAUGGCUGUGACUUGUUCACUGCUAUGGUUGAAAGACAAACCAAGUGUACCAUCUCUGAGGUUGAUGUUUCU